AUGGACACAGACACAGGCAUGCACCAAAACCAACACAACAACCAACACAACAACCAGCACAACAACCACCUCCACAACCAGCACAACAACCAACACAACAACCAACACAACAACCAGCACAACAACCACCUCCACAACCAGCACAACAACCAACACAACAACCAGCACAGCAACCAACAGUUCAAAACCCUGCACAACAACAACCACAAACAGAGCAAGGACAUAAAAGAAGUAGAGAACAAGGAAACCAAGAAUUCUUAA